AUGUUUGAGAAUCUCUGCACCCUGCCGUUGAGCGCCGAGCUCUUUACUCAGGCAUUGCAUCCUACCGAGCCUCUCCUAGCUGUCGGUCUCUCAACGGGCCAUGUUGAAUGCUUCCGAUUGCCGGCUUCGGAUCGAAGUGGAGGGGAUGAAGAUGGGGGUGCCAGUGCAGAUACCAGUAUUCUGUCCGAUGGCAAGGGAGCAAUAGACACCAUCUGGCGCACCAGAAGGCACAAGGGUAGCUGUAGAGCGCUGGAAUUCAGUGUGGAUGGCAGUGCACUCUACUCAGCCGGUACCGACUCCCUCCUCAAGCACUUCUCGCCUAAAACAGGCCAAGUUGCCUCGAAAUUUGUCAUACCCUCCCGUACCUCCGGUCCAGACCCGCCGACGCUCCUUCGUGUCCUCUCCCCCCAAAGUCUCCUCCUCGCCUGCGACUCGGGCGCCCUCCACCUCCUCGAUCUCAGGGACCACGCCCUAGAAAAGUCCAAACCGGCACAGACGCACUUCCCCCACGAUGACUACGUGUCCGCCAUAGCGCCGCUGCCACCGAGCGACCAGAGCACAAGUGGGUACAGCAAGCAAUGGGUUUCGACGGGAGGAACAACAAUUGCCGUCACGGAUCUGCGGAGAGGUAUACUCAUUCGCAGCGAGGACCAAGAGGACGAGUUGUUGAGCGCCACGUUUGUACCUGGCAUCGGACCUAAGAAGAACACCCAGAAUGGAGUCAUGACAGUGGGCACUGGAACGGGCAUCCUGACGCUGUGGGAUAAAGGCGCAUGGGAUGAUCAGACAGAUCGAAUCAUCGUGGACAGAGCAGGCGAGAGUCUAGAUUGCGUCGUGCAGAUACCUGAAGAUGUGGUCAGGGGCAAAAAGGUCGUGACGGGUCUAGGCGAUGGGACUGUGCGCAUCGUCGACUUGAAUAAGCGCGAGGUCGAACUGUCGCUACAGCAUGAUGAAGCAGAGGGUGUCCUCGGUUUGGGAUUCGACUGUCACGGGCGAAUGAUCACCGGAGGUGGCACAACGGUCAAGGUGUGGGAUCGGAGCUUUACUGGUGGUGCUGGCUCUUCAGAAGAGAGUGAUGCGGACUCCGAUGAUGACGUUGAUGAAAAGGCCGAAUCAGAUGAUGAGGACUCAGAUAAUGAGCCGGCAACCAGGGAAAAGAGACAGGCCAGCGCUGAACAGGAGUCAGAUGAUUCGAGUAGCGAUGAUGCCUCACGGAAGCGAAAGAAGAGGAAGAAGGGCAGUAAGGCUGUGCCACUGGGGCCGCAUGGUGCACACGGAAUUCUGAAGUUCAAGGGCUUGGACUAG